AUGAUGGCCAUUGACUGGGAAAAGUGUUCCAGCACAAAAUUCAGUAUAUUCGCUACAUACAAUGCUAAACUGUCGGAGCGCUUCGUUAACAUGACGGUGAUUCUUUAUUCGAUAGCUGCAAUUCUUACUAGCACCAAGAUCUUUGUAAAACACAUGGAUAGUGGCAAUGCUUCCAAUGUUUCCACACGGUUGCUCAUUGUAGAGAUGGAUCUGCCAUUUGACACUAAUCAAAGAUUUGUAUAUGGAUCUGUCAUAAUUAUCCAAUUUCUUCAUUUAUUGCUGUGUUCCAAUGUUAUGGGUGUAUUCAAUGCUUUACUCAUAAAUCUGAUAUUGCAUAUAGGCGGUCAAAUCGAUAUUCUGCGUGAGAGUUUGAAGGGAAUUGUUCCGAAGAAAGACAAGGACAGCUCGAGUCAUUUCACGGUAAAUGAAGUAAUAAAAAAACAUCAGAAAAUCAUUACCUUCUCAGAGCAUAUCGAACAUCUGUAUUCGUAUAUCGCGAUGGUACUCUUCGUAUCGGAUAUUCUGGUUAUCUGCUGCUUAGGUUCUACAAUUGUCGCGUCCAUCGGUAGACCCGACGUUUUAAAAAAUAUAAUUAGGGUCCUCUUAUUUUACUUCGUCAUGAAUAUGGAAGCAUUCGUAUUUUGUUUUGCUGGGGAAUACUUGAGCGCUAAGAAUAAAAGUAUCGGAGAUGCUGCCUACGCUUCCCUCUGGUACGAAUCAGAUUCCAGAACAAAUCGAAUUAUAUUGUUUUUGAUAAUGAGGUCACAAAAUGAGUUAACAAUUACAAUUGGAAAGAUAAUGAAUUUGUCCUUGGAACAAUUUACUAGUAUUAUAAAAACUUCAGUGUCCUAUAUAUCCGUCCUACUUGCGAUGUGUUGA